AUGUUCACUGCUGGUUCUCCUUCAAAACAUCAACGUUUGUGGCAGAUUUCGAAACGAUAUAUCAGUUCCAAUGAGGUUGCUCAGGCUCUCCGACCCUUUUUGUUCUUGGUUCACCCGGAUAAGUACGCCAAGUUUCCCGAAAUCCAAACACAAAACGAGAAAUCUUUGCAAAUCUUCAAUGGCUACAUGAACGACCUGUUCCCGGUAUCCCCGUCAUUGAAGCCUACGAAAGUCAGCUUCUCAAUUGCCGACAAACAGUCAACAACAUUUCGUAAAAUUCACAUCAAUUUGACUGGUACCGACCCGGCGAAAAUUGUAAGAGACGCCCUUGAAUCGUGCGAAUUGAGUACAUCGGAACUGAAGUUCAAAAAUGCAGCAUCUUCAGGACAUCGAAAUACAUCUGGUGGAUUGGGAUUUUCAACGACUAACGUGGAAGAGGAUUUACUAAGAUCGUAUCUGAGACGAAAAAAGGCUACAGUCAUCACGAAUUUGUAUGAUUCUUUGACAAAUCAACGAGAUGAGGCAAUGAGAAAGCGAAGAGAGGCCAAAACACUUCGAGUUUCAAUACAAGAAGAUAUUUCUGAUUUGAAAUACAGAACACAACUGAAAGAUGUUGUAUGGCAGAUGACAUGGGAAGAAUCACAUAUGCGUCGUUGCAUAGCGAAUGUGAACCGAAUGAUAGACCAAGCAAUCCCAGAGACAAGAAUCGUACUGGAAAAGGCAUUUUUUAAAAAUGUACUGAGAUUUGGAAGAGGAUCAUUCAUCUGUUGUGAUGGUUCUAUUCAACUAGGUGCUGACCACGUACCUGAGCAAUGGGAGCAAGCAUGCCAAGAGUAUCAGAUCCGAAAAAAUCAAAUACCGAUUCUGAAAGAAACUGCAAAGCAAUUGGAGCAGACUUUCGGAGGUGCUCAAAUCCUGUUACCUCAUUACAAAGGAUUGGCUCAGACUUUGACUCAACUGCAAACGUUGACAGUUAGAGUUUGGAAGAAGGAGGCUUUGUUGAAAAGAGUCGAGGAUUCAGCGAAAAACUCCAUGCUAGAGAUUGUGACUUCAUACGACGAACUGGCAAUUGGUGUAGACGGACGAUUGUACAUUCCUUGCAAUGUGGAUGUCCCAUCACUUGUUCAGUUUUUGGAGGAAAAUGCGAAGAGAGCUACUGAAAUCAACCAGCAUAUGCAUCAUUUAAUGAAUGAACUCGAGUUUGCUCGUGAUGAAUGUAUCAAGGAACUCAAGCUUACUGGACUCAAAUGGGAGCAAGCUUUCACACCUGAAGCACUCAUACAAUGUAUUAACCGUCUUACGCACUGCUCUGAAGAAGUUAGAAACUUGGUCUCCGGUCUUUCUCUGAUCAUCUCUGCUAGUCCGAGUAUUUAUGUAACUAGUGAUGGUACCCUGUCAAUCCCCUUGAAUUGGUCAUAA